CCUCCAUUCACACUCUGUCCUGCACAUUUAAUCCGAACUGCAGAGCUGCACCGAAACGCACCAACACGCAGCUUUACUAACUUCAACAUGUCGGAAACACUGAUGAUUUCUAUCAAAGAUGCACAGUUGUUUUAAAUACCAGUGCUGAUUCUAAUAAAUCGUUUCUGAACUGAGCUCUAUACUGAACUUGAACCAGAACUUUAGUACUGUAGUGGCGAGAGAAUUGCUAAUGCUCAUCAGAGUCUUUCAUUAUUCUGUAUACUGCACUCUAAAAAGCAAUAUUUUUGAUAACCAAACCCCACAUUCAAAACCUUGGACAUUAACCCUUGUACUGUUUGUGAUUUAAGCAUAUGGCAUUCACAUCCAUUUAGCUACAAGAGCAUUCAUGAGGACUUACAGAUGGUGUUAUUUUAGUUAGUGAUGUGCAUUUUAAUCAGAUGUGUUAUUGAUAUUAUAAAAUAUCAAAAGGAGAAGUUCAUAGGCAGGCAGGCAGGUGUCUGCUGUUAUUGCUGCUAAAUGUUAAUACAGUGUAUUUACUUAAAUAAUUUAAUACACAAUAAAAACUGUUUUGUGUCCUACUUGUUCUCUUUGUGUUACUUUAGAAACAUGAAGCUUACUUUUAUAUGAUACUGAAACUCAAUAUGUCAUGCACUAAAUGUUUAAAAUAUUACACACAUAAUAACCAUAUGCAUAAAAUGCACAGAUUAAAUAAAUGAAGGGUAACAUUCGUCUGUUCGUACAUCACAAAUAAAAUGUGAUCUUUAACUUUUGAAAUAAUGUUUGCCAGUGAAAAUAAAAGAACGUUGAAAUGUAUUAAUGUAUAAACAGUGAAAUCUUUUGAAUUAAAUGAAUUUUAAUCAAAGAAAAUGAAAAAAAUGCCACAUGAAUGCCCACAUUUGUUAUAAGCAUAUUUUCAUUUCCUUCAAAACAACAUUUAGUUAAAGAGGGUUUUCAUCAAGCUCAAAGUCAUAUACAAUUGUAAAUAAAACAGUCUGUUAUUGUUUUAUGUCUUUAAUGAAUAAACAUGGGAUUUAAGAAUUUGUCCAUAUUUCUUACAGGCUAAAGGGAUGAGAAAGCCAAUCAUUGACGAAUUCAUCUCCAACAACAAAUUCUUACUUGCUCCUCAUCUGGUGAACCAGAAGCGAAGAAAAUACUGUGUUCUGCUCAUCACUGGCGAGGAGGAAGCCUUUGUACCAGGAAACAAAGCAUUCCUGUCUCUGGCUUCUGCCAACACUGAAGAUGUUCUGCGCUUUGCUUAUGUGUACCAGCGUCUGCAGCAGCCUCUGUGUGCUGUACUUCUGAAGAACAGAGACAGCACUCCACCACAGGUGGUGAUCCUAGAGCGGCGUAACGGAGCCGGUAAGGUGCUCUACAAGCCUGUGCUGGGUGGUUGGAAUGGCAGUGAAGAGGACAAACACAGACUGCUGGAGGAUCUGCAGCGGCUGCAGAAAGAUCCCUCCAUCCUUACCCAUGAUGCCACCUUGCCAGAGCUCAACAACGAGUUCGCUUCAAUGUUUCUAAUCAGAUGGAUUUCUACAGCAUAUGACUACCUAUCUGAAAUCAUUGAUGAUCUUUUUCACAAUAAUUGGCGGGAAAUGAUGCCUCUGCUUUCUCUGAUUUUUUCUGCACUGUUCAUCCUGUUUGGCACAGUGGUUAUUCAGGCUUUCAGUGAUUCUGGUGAUGAGAAACUAUCCAAAUCAAAGGCAAAAGAAACAGCGAAGAAGGAAAGCAAUGUGGACAUAGGAAGAACAUGGGAGAUUAAAGGCCAGAAGAGCCAGACGCUGCACUUCUCCUUCCUGAAUGUGGACAAGCACAGUGAGUGGAUGGCCACUCUGCUGGAAUAUGCCCAGGAUGCCAUGCAGUUAGAGGCGGACGAGGAAGAGGAGGGCAGCAACCGCAAAACGGACUACACAGGCUACGUGCUGGCUUUAAACGGUCACAAAAAGUACCUGUGUUUGUUUAAGCCAGUCUACACAGGUGAGGUUGCCUAUGGGAAGGCCGAGGAGGAGCCGGAGCAAUCCAGGUCCAGGUCGAGCUCCAGAGAAGAUCACCAGCACAGAAAAGGAGGGGCACGUUCACGCUCCACCACCCUCCACAUCCACCACAAACUGGACCGACUUGGCUUGUGGAUGGAGCGGCUGAUGGAGGGCACUCUGCCUCACUACUACAUCCCGGCCUGGCCCGGCCUAGACAAGAUCACAGUCAGUAAGUAGAGCUAGGAGGCUCGCUGCUAAAACACUGGGUGAUAUAAACUGGAUGGAUCGGUAAGACUACUAAGCAGGGUAGAGUUUGUUCUUUGGUGACCCCCCAUUGCAGACACUCCCUGCAGACUUUGAGUGGCACUGCAGGCUGAUUUUGGGACCUCACACAGUUAUAGCGUGCUUAAUUUGACACCAAUGCUGUAGACGACUGAAGCAAAUUGUAGCAUUAUCCAUCCACGAUGCUGCACUGACUUCCUGACUUCAGGUCUUUUGAAGGUACAAUAAGUAUGAUGGGCUAUUAAAACCAGAAGGGAGACAUGGGUAGGAGUGAUAGGGCCAAUAUACAGGGGUUGGACAAAAUAACUGAAACACCUGGUUUUAGACCACAAUAAUUUAUUAGUAUGGUGUAGGGCCUCCUUUUGCGGCCAAUACAGCGUCAAUUCGUCUUGGAAAUGACAUAUACAAGUCCUGCACAGUGGUCAGAGGGAUUUUAAGCCAUUCUUCUUGCAGGAUAGUGGCCAGGUCACUACGUGAUGCUGGUGGAGGAAAACGUUUCCUGACUCGCUUCUCCAAAACACCCCAAAGUGGCUCAAUAAUAUUUAGAUCUGGUGACUGUGCAGGCCAUGGGAGAUGUUCAACUUCACUUUCAUGUUCAUCAAACCAAUCUUUCACCAGUCUUGCUGUGUGUAUUGGUGCAUUGUCAUCCUGAGAUUGUCACCGCCAUUGGAUGCACAUGGUCCUCCAGAAUGGUUCGGUAGUCCUUGGCAGUGACGCGCCCAUCUAGCACAAGUAUUGGGCCAAGGGAAUGCCAUGAUAUGGCAGCCCAAACCAUCACUGAUCCACCCCCAUGCUUCACUCUGGGCAUGCAACAGUCUGGGUGGUACGCUUCUUUGGGGCUUCUCCACACCGUAACGCUCCCGGAUGUGGGGAAAACAGUAAAGGUGGACUCAUCAGAGAACAAUACAUGUUUCACAUUGUCCACAGCCCAAGAUUUGUGCUCCUUGCACCAUUGAAACCGACGUUUGGCAUUGGCACGAGUGACCAAAGGUUUGGCUAUAGCAGCCCGGCCGUGUAUAUUGACCCUGUGGAGCUCCCGACGGACAGUUCUGGUGGAAACAGGAGAGUUGAGGUGCACAUUUAAUUCUGCCGUGAUUUGGGCAGCCGUGGUUUUAUGUUUUUUGGAUACAAUCCGGGUUAGCACCCGAACAUCCCUUUCAGACAGCUUCCUCUUGCGUCCACAGUUAAUCCUGUUGGAUGUGGUUUGUCCUUCUUGGUGGUAUGCUGACAUUACCCUGGAUACCGUGGCUCUUGAUACAUCACAAAGACUUGCUGUCUUGGUCACAGAUGCGCCAGCAAGACGUGCACCAACAAUUUGUCCUCUUUUGAACUCUGGUAUGUCACCCAUAAUGUUGUGUGCAUUGCAAUAUUUUGAGCAAAACUGUGCUCUUACUGGUGCAAUGUGCAAUUAAUGAAGAUUGGCCACCAGACAUUAAUAAGCUCAACAUAAGAAACCUGAAAUUCAGCUAAAGAAAAUUUAGUCUUGAGUAAUAAAAAGUAAUGUCAAUACACACAUGAAUGAGCCAAAGCAAAAAAUAUUGGAUAACAAUUGUGUUGGGAAAUAUUAAAUGUUGGGCUGAUGGUAGAUACUUGUAGAUACAAGGGGUAAGCCAUGAACCGCCAACAGGUAGUUGGACUCAUGGAUGCCAGAUGACUCAUUAAUGCCUGCUGGUCAUGGCCUGGUACCAGAUAGCACAGAACUCCCUCUGAUGUUUUGUGAAGUCCAUGUCUCUGCGAAUCAGAGCUGUUUUGACAGUAUGUAAGAUGGGUGGUUCAAAUGUUUUGGCUCAUCAUGUAUAUGAUCUGUAUCGAACUGAAGCAUGAUUCUAUUUAUUAUUUACUUUUUAUGGUCACAUUAAGGUUUAGUAGUUAAAUAUUUACAAAUAAAAUGAGACCUUAAAUAUUAAUUAUAAAAAAAGUAUAUUCCUGUCUUAUGCCUACUGUUUCCCAGUGGAACUGGACUUGCUAUGACCCUGACCAGGCUAAAGCGACACUGAUAGUAGCUGACCCAUUUGCCAUGUAAAUCUCUUAAAUUAAUACAUUAGUCAAAAGUCUUAUUAUGUUCUUGCUGCAACAGCCUUGGACUCUAACCAGAAUGAACUAGCUCACCUAAAAGAGCUGGCACAAAAAAAGAGACUUGUUUGCAAAGUAAACAUUACUAUGAACUACACGUUAGGACAUUGCUUCUGUGCUGUUUGGAUUUUCAGCCCACCGAUUACAAAACUGUUUGUUUAAAAGCACGAAUAACAAAAAAUGGUUACAGGUCUGUUCUUAACUGUGCCACAACUUGGUAUAAUAUUGAUAUUGUGUAGUCCAGCCUAAGCUAGGAAUUAGGACUUGGGUAACACAAAGAUGGAUGAUCUGAUUGGCUAUAGUUUUAGACUAGAGGGGGUUGUUUCCCCGCUUUGUCACUUGCUGCUUAUUGCACCACCCCUGCACUCCCUCAGACAUGCAUGCAGUCUUUAUUGUUUGUUUUCACAUUUUUUUUCAUUACCUCAGUAGCAGAAGCUCACAGAGAGCAGUUCAUUCAGAGAGUCAUGCUAUACCUUCUUGCAAGGGUAAGACAGACACCAGAGAUCAUAGUUACAGCUGCAAUAAGGAAACCCCAUAUCCUCAACCCCCCACUGAAAGAGACCCAGCCAGGCUGCCCGAUAGCACUUCCAAGAUCUCUGUGCUGGUGGGUUGGCAUUAGACCGCUUUUUAGGUCCAGUAUGUGGAUCUGAAAAUGGUCUUUAAUACUUGCACAACAUAUCUCAUGAUCUUUCACCCCAAAGGACGUGAGGUAUGUAGCAUUUAAUCACAAAACUGUGAUCCUGUGCUACUUCACAUAAGUUCGUUACCACAAUUCCUUUAGUAAUUUAGAAACAACAUUCUGUGUUUUAUGGUGCCCUGAUUGUACUCCAUAUUUGAUCUGUCAGCAAAAGCAUUAACUUUUAUUGUUACAUUGACAUCCUGUUGUGAUAUCCAGCUUAAUGCAGCCGUGAUUACUUAACGUACCUUUAAGUCAGGACGUCAGUGAACGUAACUCAUUUCAGUGUAACCUGAACCCAAAUCCUACAUGCACCUCACACAUGCAGGAACAGCAAACCUGUAAAUGUAGCAUGAACUGAAACACUGUACACCUGAAGACUCUCCUACAACUUCAGUUUAAUCACUAAACCAUAAUAAUAGGUCCUUAGUAUUUAGAACAUUUUUAAUAAGUGUAAUACGUGUAAAUAUAAAUGUCAUGUCCUGAAUACACAGAGUGAGAAGACAAGCGUCUUGCCUGUGCAAUAAUGCUGCCUUGCCUUGAGUUUCCUUUUUUAAAACACUUAUUAAACAUUUAAAAUCCAAUUAGACAUUUUUGCACGAAAUCUGAUUUAUAACUGUACUAAUUCUAGCAUCACUGGCUUGAAAAUCAAUUGAUAUUUCUUUGUGUGUUUACUAGACUACUUGAAUAAUGCAAACUUUUAUUUAUUGUCCAGAAAGUUUGGACAGUAUGUGAAAUGCUAAUAAAAAUAGUAAAAAGUGAUGUGUACAUUUAUUUUUCACUAUAUAAAAAUAUGAUCUUUUACUUUGAAAACUGUAGUGUUUUUCUGAAAAUACACUAUAUGGUCAUAAGUAUGUUGUAAACCAUACCGCUGAGCCCCGAGUUUAAACAGGCCAGGCGUCCUCACACACUGUGUCUGAGGGGGGUAAGGUCUAAUGGGCUUAUUGCUGCUGCAAUUUUUUAUGCUGACUUUAAUAUUUAGUUGUACUAAGAUUGGAUACAUAACCAUACUAUAAUACUGCAAUAUUGGUCCAAACAUCUGUCUAUCCAACACUAUCAGAAUGUUACUUAUAUUCAUCAAAUAAACACAAGUUACAUGUGAAUAAGAUGCCAUGUUUUAGAUUGAUCCCUGUCAAGCCGGUAACUCACCAUGACGUGUUCAGGAUGUUCACAUAUUUGUGUUUGUAGCCUGUUUUAUUUAUUUCAUUUGCUAAUAUUCGCAUCGAGCAUUUCUAAAAUCUCUUUAAAAUGAAAGUUUAUAAACAUAACUUAUAUACAAGAGUGUCCCAUUUUAUCCCCUGCAGUCUUAUUCAAGUUUCCCCAAGCAUAUAACAGCUUGGUUAGUGUCACUCUGAAUGAAUCUGAAUUUUCACAGAGAACAGGGAUAGUUAGGCUCUCUAAGACUCUCAGUAAUAAGGGGCUUUGGCAUUGUGAAGAUUUGAUCUUGUAAUUGCCUGGAUGGCAGAGUGUGUACUAUCUUCAUAUUGUGGUUAAACAAUGGUUUUAAUAAGAAAGAAUAAAUAAAUGCAUUGAUCAUA